AUGCGCGCGGUUGCCACGACGACGAGUGCUGCGUCGUGCCGCGUCUGCGCGAAACCGUCGACGGCGAGGAAGAGCAAAAGCGAGAAUACUCACGGGAGGAAGAAGAAUGAAUCAUCGGCGAUGAAACAGACGAGAAGGGAGGCUUUGACGAUGAUUUUGCUCUCUACUUCUUCUGCUUCUGCGCCUGUUUUUGCGGCGCAGGAGUUGGAGGAGACGGUCUCGGAAGUCGCGGAGACGAUCGUGGUGACGCCGCCUUCUUCUUCUUUGUCGUCGUCGUCUCAAUCGUCGUCGGAACCGUUCGGGAACAAAACCUUCAUGGAAGGCAUCAAAGACAAAGACUACGGGAAGUCGGAAGUUUUAUACUCAGAUUUUACGCGAACCCAGUCUGGUUUACAGUAUAAAGACGUCAGACCAGGUUCGAAAGAAGGGAAAGAGUACACAGAUGAGUCGAAAAUAGCCGUGGUUGAUUGGGACGGGUACACGUUGGGGUAUUACGGGAGACCGUUUGAAGCGAGAAACGGCCCGAAAGGCGGCGCGUUCAACGAGGAUAAAGAUUUUUUCCGAUUUCGAGCGGACGAUUUAGACGUGUUGCCCGCGUUUCGAGAGGCGAUCGUUGGAAUGAAAGUCGGAGGGAUACGAAGGAUUAUCGUGCCGCCGAAUUCCGGUUUGGCGUAUCCGGAGAAUAAGAAUUGGAAGAAGAUGAAACCGAAACCGAAUAAUUUUUCGGGAGAAAGAGCGCUCGGCUUCGUCUUGGAAAAUCAAGGGAUGAUCGAUAAGACAUUGUUGUUUGACAUAGAGUUGAUGGACGUGAGAUAA